UCCACGCUGACGGUUCGCAGCUCGAGCGCCGCAUCGGGACACGUCUGGUCCUGUACGUGAGGAUUCAUUUACUGUCAACGGUAGAAGGAGAGGGUCGUGAGAGCUACUCAGGAGCGUGAUUCAUCCGUUAAUAGGGCUUUUAUUGAUUCUAGACGGUAAAGCAUCACACAUAUUUUACCCAUGACAAUCAUGACUGUAUUGCGUCUACCACAAUCACGCGUCGACAGAGAAACCUUCGUUGUUACAGCACUUUACUUAAUCGAGAUGUAGGCGCGCGGAGAUGGUGCGAGCUCACAGACCCAGCUGCAACAUUAGAGGCGGGCACAUGUUUAUCCUACAUUUAGUCGAAUUCAUCGUUUGCUUUUUGACUGUAUGAACUAGCUCCGUAUUAUUUUUCACUGAAAUAUUUCUUCUUUGGGGGGAAGACAUCAUGAGUUUGGACCAGGGUGGGUAUGAUGCGGUUUGCCGCGCGGACAACGGAGCAGGAGGAGUCCUUAGCAGCGGCAAUAUCAGCGUUCCUCAGCGGCAGCCCAUUCACAGGGACGUUCGCUACUACCAACAGCACUCGCGUCACCAUGGAACCUCCAUGGAGAAACAACCGCCGCGCAACGAUCCGGCGGAUCUGGUGAGACGUGCGCUUGACUUCAAGACUCAAGCCACGCAAUGCUACAAAGAUAAGAAAUACCGGGAAGCUAUCGGGAAGUACCACCGCGCUUUGCUAGAGAUGAAAGGCUUGUGUCGAGUUCUCGGGGAUCCUGACACUGGCUCUAAGUCACCCUCCUCCGUGCUGUCCACGAUAAGCAAGGCGUCUUUGACGGAGGAGCAGAAAGGGGCCGUGGAAAACGCGGAACUUGAGUGUUACAACAGUUUAGCGGCCUGUCUCCUGCAGAUGGAGUUGGUGAACUAUGAGCGGGUGAAGGAGUACUGUUUGAAGGUGCUUCGAAAAGAGGGGGAGAACUUUAAAGCCCUUUAUCGCUCUGGAGUUGCCUACUAUCACCUGGGCGACUUCAACAAGGCGCUGUAUUACCUGAAGGAAUCGCACAAACAAGAACCUUCAGACACCAACGUGAUUCGCUACAUCCAGCUGACGGAGAUGAAGAUACGACGCAGUACCCCGAAAGAAAAGAAGGAGGACUCGUAAAAGAAGAAGAAAUCAACAGAAACAACAACAACAACGACAACAACAAAAAAACGACAGGGGCCUCACCUGUAAUGCUGCCAUCCCUACACUGUGUUCUGUCCCUCUCAAACACAUGUAUCACUGCCCUUAGCUUUCACAGCUGACCGCCCUAUCCUGCAUGCAUUCCUGCAUACAUCUCCAUCUGAACAGAGAGCGAAGCUGCAACAGAGCACGAGCCCUGCCAACACAGGCAGAUCUCACGUUCUGAUUUUUAGGAAGCAUUGCUAGGUUCUUAACAAUGGCCGAUUCGAAACUAGCGAGCUAAUUAACAAAGGUGUUGCCUCUGCCUCCUACUGGGCUUCAGGGGAGGUCAGUGAAUUGUGAACUGGGCAGCAAUCGGUCAGAACAGGAAAUGCAUAUGUUUCCUAUUAUUUCCACUUCACUCUCUUCAGUCUCUCCCGCCUGCAGGCUGUCAUGUUUGUUUUGGAUAUGUGAACAACACCUAUUCUUACCCUAUAACACAUACACACCCACAUGACCAUAACCGCCCCCAUAAUAGGCAAAAAGAGCAAGCAUUACUGUAUCCGUGUUGUAUCAAUCAAUGGCCUAUAUGUUAAUUGUUUGUUUUUUAUGGUUGAGCAGCGCCGCCAUGCCAGCUUUGCCCCCUCCUGUUAAUGUCACAACAAUGAGUGUGCAAAGCAUGACUAAGCUCAUCAGUCUGGAAGAGCGUGAGUUAUCACUGCCAGUUCAUAUGGUGCAACUCGGACUGGUACCAGUCGAAAAAGCGUGCCAGCACAAAAGGUGCGCUAAGGCCAACACUGUAGUUACUCGUCAUAGAGGGCUUGAGGACAUGCACUAACAUUGUCAAUGUGUGAGAGCAUGAAUGAAACGUUGAAUGAGUGGAUAGAUGGAUGGAUGGAUAUGCCUGACAUUCCACAACUAAAGGUGUUGUGUGUUGAUAAUAACACUGUUGUGUGUUAAUAAUAACACUGUGCUUCACAAGGUCCACAGAGUUUACUAGAGAGGGAGCACAACUAUGAAAAUGUCUAAUUGAAUCUGUAGAGCCAAAGUGUUGUAGUGAUGAAGGAGAACUUACGCCCUCUGUGUUUACAAUAGCCUAGGUUGUAAUCUAAUGCUUUUGCUGUACACUGAAUUUGACUGUUUUAUCUGUUUUGUCCUAACAGCAAGCUUUACACUCGUGUCACUCAUUCGAAAGGAAUUCAGUUGAAAUGUAUAUUUGCCAUAUAGCUGUAUGUACAAAAUACACUCAAGUGUCAGAGCAUACAGUCUCUUGGAAGUUUCACUAUGAUGCUUUUUAAAAAAAAAAAGUUUGGUAUGUCCAGAUAUUUUUGGAUUAGGGUGGUCUAACCAGGUGACCACCAGUGGUGGUCCACAUGUGUUUCUACCCUUCAAACAUGCCGCCUGUCUGUUAUGGGCAGCCUGUCCUGGUCUGCCCCUGCAUCACCGAUCCUCUAAGGCCACUUAUACUUAUGAGCUUUGCUUCAUGCCUCUGCAAGGGUCUGCUAGGGUCCAAGCGACGGUGAUGAAUGUUGUCAUCAGAAGGUGGACAGGAUGCAUGGCUCUGUGCGGACAUCUGUCCAGCAUCCUCCAAUUUCUCUUUGUCACCUUCUGAGCCCGCGGUUCCACAUGACAGCAGCUUGUUAUGGCUUUAUGGCUUUAGCUGCCAUCGCCUGCGCUGGCCCUGUGCCGGCUCACACCCUUGCCAUAGUCAGCCGUCAGGGGUGGUGCAGGGGCAGCGUGAUGGGAGUCUCAAGUAUAAUCAAUCACUGUGUUAUUUACGUACAUCCCUCAACGUGCAGCCGCAGCAGCAGCAGGGAGCACUGGGGGCUUUAGUCUGUGAUAACGCUACCGUACAGAAGCAUGUCGUUAUGGUACUACUACACUUUGCCGCAGUGCUUUGCCACAAAUCGCUGGUGGUGAAGGAAGGCCAGAUUCACUAGAUCCACCUUCCUGGUAAUAGUUGUGUGUUUUAUUGUGAGCAGUACUGCCUUUGAGUCCAUAGGCUAUUUGGAGCAUUCCCCCAGACCUCGCGCAAACCCUAACAGCCUGUUUAAGGAAGGAUAAGGCAUUAUUCUCUCAGCAGAAAGCAGAAGACUGAAAAACAGAUGGAAAUACUAGGUGGAGGUUGGUGUGUUAUGAAGGCUGAUGGCAUAUGGGGGACCCUCCAUCAUUAAACCCUAUGGUGCACAUAGUGUAGUAAAUACAGGGUUCCUACGCAGUAUGGAAAACCUGGAAAAGUAUGGAAUUUGAUUUGAAUAAUUUCCAGGUCUAGAUAAGUAUGGAAAAAAGAAACAUGGGUAUGGAGAAAUAUUUAUGUUUCCAGACUAUUGCAUCUACAGUACUAAUCACUUCACUCAGGUCAUCAUGAACCAUUCCUACUGUUGUGUAGCUUAACUGUCAGUCCACAUCAUCAAGAUACAAUUGAAUAGGGGUCCUCAGAAAAAAAAUCUCUCCCACAAGGGGACCCUGGUAACAAAACCAAAUCGAGAACCCCUGUUCUAUGCACGUGCCCUAUACCAUUGUGCACUGGUUUGUUUGCGUAGCUCUGCUUUUUUCAGCUAAAACACUGGUAGACUUUUUUGAUAAAAGUUACCAAGACAUGGAUACUGCAUUAUCUGAUAAACUGUUAUUGCAAACAAAUAAUUUAUAACAAUAUAAAUAUAAUAAUAUUUAACAAAACAAAAAAAUAAACAUUAUUAUACAGCUCUUCACAAUGCUAGUAGAACGCUCCAUUGACAAUAUAUAGAAUAUGGUAAGAAAAAUCUACCGAGAAGUUUGAAAAUUUGAGUAUGGAAAAAUUAUGGAAUUUUGAAAUGGAAAAUGUGUAGAAACCCUGUAAAUAAAUAUGUUGUCAAGUUCUGCAGUGUUUCAUGCGCUACAGAACCUGUUUAGUGGAUGCGUUAUUUUUGGAAUGCUUCAACUGGCCUUUGUGUGAGUGAGCUCAGCGCCACAACGCAUCAGUACACCAUCAUCAGCCAUGACGAUCAAGCGUUGUUAUCUCCUAGACAGAGGCGUUGUGUGGACUUGUUCUUUUCUAUCUCGCUCCUGCCUUGAGGCGUAUCAACUUUUUCUCCCAAGGAUCUUCGUUCCUUCCUUCCUUCCUCUUGGAAGUGCACGGAUGUUUCAGCCGUCUGAUCAUGCAGCCGAUAGUGGUCGUGUGUGUUUGCUAAGCUUGGUUACACAUGCCUACCCACCCCCUUCCCAAAUUCCCCCAGGCAUUGUUGACGAGCAUGUCAUCUUAAGAAAGCACCAUAAGCAAAAAUGUCCUUUUGUUGUGAUACGUAUGUGUCUGUUGAAUAAAUUAAAAGUGUGCUGAUUGUUAUCAAAAA